CUGACGCCCAUCGAGAAAUACGCGAUGCGGUGCGUCGAGAGCAGCGAAGCCGGAUGCGAGGCGGAGCGGGAGGCGCUCAGCGCCGUGCGGCGCUCGCUCGGCGACUGGGAGCGCCGCCGCCGCGACGCCGACCCGGAGCCCGCCGACGCCGAGCCCGAGCUGACCUACUCGCGCCGCGACGCCGACGCCGAGGUGUGGCUGAGCGGCGGCCGCGGCGCCCGCGCCGAGCGGAUGCCGGUCUGGUCCCCGCCCUCCCCGCCCGCCAGCGACGGCGACGGCGAGCCGUACCGGCCCUCGUGGGCGGCCGCGCUGUACCGCGCCGGGCCCGCGCCCGAGCACGCGCUGCCGCCCCCGCCCCGCGCGCGCGCCGCCCCCGGCCCGCCCGCCGCCGCGCCGCCCUCGCUGUUCGAGCGCGCCGGCGCGCGCGUGCGCGUGCGGCCCCGCGCGCCGCCCGACCGGCACCGCGACGCGCCGCAGCCCGACUGGGCGCCCGCCGAGGACGCCGCGCUGCGCCGCGCGCUGCGCCUGCAGCGCCUGCCGCCCGACGCGCCGCCCGCGCGCGCGCCCAACUGGGAGUGGGCCGCCGAGCUGGUCGCCGACGCGGCCCGCGCCUACCGCGCGCCGCGCGCCUGCCGCGACCGCCACGAGCGCCUCGCCGCGCCCGACGACCGCCCGGACCGCGAGCGCGACCGCCGGGACCGCCACCAGCGCCGCAGGCAGCGCAAGCCGGGCGCGCGCCGCCGCGCCGACGACGACGCGCCGCGCCCGCCGCUCGCGCGCCUCGACGCCAUGCGCGAGGCGGCCGAGCGCCGCCGCGCCGCGCCCAAGCGCCGCCUCGACGACGCCGUCGCGCAGCACCACAACCCCAAGCACGCGCAGCUGCUCGCCGACCACGGCCUCGACUACGACCGCCCGCCGACGCCCAUGGAGGUGGCGUCGCGCCGCGCCGACCGCAUCGCCAAGGAGAAGUCGAAGGCGGCCGGGGCUGCGGCGCCCGCCGCCUCGCCCGCCGCCCCCGCCGCCCCGCCCGCCGCCGCCCCCGCGGCCCCCUCGGCGCCGGCGGCGGGCGCGCGCGUGGUGGUGGCGGCGCACGCGGCGGCCGGCAAGGCGGAGGCGGCGCGGCGCGCGCGCGCGGCGGGCCCGGGGGCCGCGCAGCCGCAGCAGCUGCUGUACCGCCCCCAGCCGCUGCAGGCGCGACACCACCUCAAGAUCCUGCACCACGCCGGGGCGAGCGCGGCGCAGGUCGCGGGCGGGAGCGGCGUGACGGUGGCGAGCGUGGCGGGCGUGGCCGGCGAGAGCGCGCUGCGCACGCUGCAGCUGCAGCAGCUGGCGCUGCGCCGCGGCGCGCUGCCGCCCGCCGCCGCCGCGCCCGUGCCCGCCCCCGCCGCGCAGCAACAGCAGGUGGCCACUGCGGCGGGCGCGCGGCUGCUGGCGCGCGCGGCGGCGCCGCACCCGCACGUGGUGGUGGCGCACACUCCGCACGCGCAGCACGCGCAGCACGCGCAGCACACGCAGCACGCGCAGCACGCGCAGCACGCGCAGCACACGCAGCACGCGCCCGCCGACGCCCGCCACCCGCCGCCCGCCGACCACUGA